UGGGAUGGCAGCGUUCACUACGCGGCUGACCGGUCUGGCAUUCGGGUCUCGGAUCGAGCUGCGUUAUCGCGGUUUUCCCCACCUUACUAGCGUCAUCGCGUGCGAUAAUUGAGAAGAGAAGGAAUGACGGGCUAAUCGGAGUAUAAUCGAGGAAUAAUCGCCGCGGCGGGAUGCGCCGUACGAGGUUAGCCUCAAUUUUCUAGCCAUCGAACGAAAACCACGACGUCUUCCUUCCUCCGUACGCGCGAUACGUGCAUACAUCCAUCCAUCCAUCGCACGCGCGACAUAUGCGACUAGUCCGUAUACUCUCUGUGUGCAGUGGUGGUAUAAUCAGUGAAUUGAAGCUGACACGAACACGUGGGGUGAAACAUAAACGACGCAUUACGCGAGUGAUCAUUGCGGACCAGCACCGUGGACAACUUUGCUGGCCGAAAGGUUGAACCCCCCCCCCCUACUUGCUGUCAACGCUAAUCUCACAGCCGCAGGUGCGCGUUUGCUGUUCAAAGUUCAAGGUUCGUCAGUGUAAAUACGCUGCUCUCCUGUAUUCCGUUAUAUUUGUUACAUCCGGUAUCCUCCCCCCCCCCCCCCCACUUUAACCCUCGUCAAUCGUCACUCGACUCGCGCUCCACAGCCUAAACGGUCGGUAUUGCAACUGUACCGCGUUUUGAAUUGUACCGCUCGACGAGUUGAUCGCUGUGAUCUGAUCUCCGAUUGGCAUCGACCUACGAGGAGCAAAAGAGAGAAAUGGAGGGUUUCUGGAUAGCAGGCGCUAUACGCGCCAUCCAGGCGAUUUCUUACGUCUGCGAUCUGCUCACCUUUCCGGUCUACCUGGUCCUCCAGCGGCCCUGGGAAAAGCGGAAGAAGUCCAGGCGAGUCAAGGCCAAGCUGGUAUCGAAGGACGAGAACUCUGUGACCUACAGGUCAGUCGACAGUCCCGGGGAGAUGCACGUCGCAAUGAAAAAACGGAAGGUCGAAACCCUCGAUGAAAUGCUUCUUUGGGUCGCCCAAGUUCACAACUCGAAACGAUGCCUCGGUACGAGACAGAUCCUCGCCGAGGAGGACGAGCUGCAGCCGAACGGUAGAGUCUUCAAAAAGUACAAAAUGGGCGACUACAAGUGGAAGACCUUCUCGGAGGUCGAGAGACUCGCCGCGUCUUUCGGCCGAGGAUUGAGGAACCUGGGAAUGAGGUCGGGACGAAAUGUGGUGAUAUUCGCUGAGACCAGAGCCGAGUGGAUGAUCGCGGCUCAUGGAUGCUUCAAGCAGAAUUUCCCCAUCGUUACGAUAUACGCGACACUUGGCGACGAGGCGAUCGCUCACGGGAUAAACGAGACCGAGGUCGACACCGUAAUAACCAGUCACGAUCUCCUUCCCAAGUUCAAAAGGCUACUUGAACUAGCGCCUAAGAUAAAGACCGUAAUUUUCAUGGAGGAUCAGCUCAAGCCCACAAACACAUCGGGGUACAAGGAUGGCGUUACUCUGGUGCCGUUUUCAGACGUCAUCAAGACCGGUAACACCCUGAAAAUCGAACCGUCACCGCCCAAGGCAGAUGACACAGCGAUAAUAAUGUACACCUCGGGCUCGACGGGAAUUCCAAAGGGUGUUCUUCUCUCCCACAAAAACAUCAUCGCGACUCUCAAGGCCUACUGUGACGUCGUUGAAAUUCGAUCGGACGACGUAUUCCUCGGUUAUCUUCCACUCGCCCACGUCUUUGAACUAUUAGCUGAGAGCGUUUGCCUCCUGAGCGGUGUUCCGAUUGGCUACAGCACUCCGCUUACGAUGAUCGACUCGAGCAGCAAAAUUCAACGGGGAUCCAAGGGUGACGCAUCCGUUUUGCACCCUACCUGUCUCACCGCUGUACCGCUGAUCCUUGACCGCAUAUCGAAGGGAAUAAACGAGAAUGUGAAACGAGGCGGUCCCUUCAAACAGGCGAUAUUCAACUUCGCUUACGAGUACAAACUCAAGUGGCUUAAACGAGGCUACGAAACACCCCUCUGCGACAAGUACGUAUUCGGCGCGGCUAAACAGGUCCUUGGAGGACGAGCGAGGCUCAUUUUAUCCGGUGGAGCGCCGCUCAGUCCGGACACUCAUUGCCAGAUAAAACUUUGUCUCUGCGUCACCGUCACCCAGGGAUAUGGACUGACGGAAACGACGUCUUGCGCGACGGUGAUGGACACGUACGACCGAAGCACCGGCAGAGCCGGGGCGCCGACUACUGCCUGCGACAUAAAGCUCGUAAGUUGGGAAGAGGCCGGUUACAGAGUGACCGACAAGCCGUAUCCGAGGGGCGAGGUUAUCAUCGGUGGCGACAACGUUUCCGCCGGGUACUACAAGCUCAAGGACAAGACGUCGGAGGACUUCUAUCAGGAAUGUGGCAAACAGUGGUUCAAGACCGGGGACAUUGCCGAGGUGCAUCCUGACGGGUGUAUCAAAAUCAUCGACCGGAAGAAGGAUCUGGUGAAACUGCAGCUGGGCGAAUACGUGUCUCUGGGAAAGGUCGAAGCUGAGCUUAAGACCUGUCCGGCGGUUGAGAACAUCUGCAUUUACGGUGAUGCCAGUAAGCAUUACACGGUCGCCCUGGUCGUGCCGAAUCCUCGACACCUCGAGGAGCUGGCCGAGAAUCUUGGACUGAGGCCUUCCUCGCUCGAGGAGCUGUGCAAUAAUCCGGAAAUCGAGAAAGCCGUGCUUCAGGAGCUCGUCGAGCAGUCGAAGAAAUGUAAACUGGAGAAGUUCGAAAUUCCUGGGGCUGUGAAACUCUGCGCCGAACAAUGGUCACCGGAUAUGGGACUUGUCACGGCAGCUUUUAAACUCAAGAGAAAAGCCGUCCAGGAACGCUACCAGCACGAGAUAAACCGGAUGUACGCCUCGUGAUGCUGGCCCCGGCGAUAAACUAUACGAUAAAUGCCAAAUGUAACAACAUAUAACGUGUUUGUAACUGAUGUAGGUAUUUGUGUGUGUGUGAUAUACCGUGAAGGGGGAUGACGGAGAAUGACGGAAAAACACUCGGGAACGAAAAGCUUGGGUGAAAAUCUUAGCUGCCUAUGAGUUCGACACGUGCUCUCUCUUUCUCUCUCGUUCUUUCUCUUUUUGCCAGUGAAUGCGCAUCCUUGUCCCGUUUUUGUAUAGAUAAAUAUUUAUACAGAUUAUCUUGAACGAAGAUGAGGAUCAAUGAAAAUUAGCCAGUCUUAGGUGCGUGAGCGUUGUGCCGAGUCUUUUUAGGAAAAAGAGAGAGAUUGAAAGCGUUGUGUCGGCAACUACCGAGGAUUAUAUUGGGAUUCUCGUUUUUGUACAGAGAUGAGGGUUUUUUCUCUGCAGUACGUCGUUUCUCGUAAAUAGGAUAUCCUACGGUUUAUGGGAUAUGUUUGCAUUUCCUGUUGAUGGAAAUUCAAUAUAUUAAGUGUGUGUAAAAUAGUAAUUGCGCGAAUAUUGGAGGAGGGGUGCAAAGAAAUUUUUUGAAAAGUCAACAAAUUAGAAAAAAAUACCGAGGGAGAAAAGAUGAAAAGAAUUAGAAUUUCAACGUCGAGGUGAAUAAAUAAAUGAAUAAAUAAAUAAAUAAAUUAAUUAAUAAACAAACAAUGGUGCAAAGCGAUUUUCAACGUUUUGUUUGUUUUUUUUCAAUCUUUGUCUGUUCAUGCUUUUGUUCGUUCGCAAAGAUUGAAAUCGCUGUAAAUAAAUUAUAUAAAUAAAAUAUACUAUAUAUAUAUAUAUAUAUAUAUAUAUAUAUAUACAUACAUAUAUACAUAUAUACAUAUUUAAAAAUAAUUACGAAUCAUUACUCGGAGAUUAUUGAGGUGUAAAAUAUAUUAUAUUAUUAUAAUCGUAACGGGUCAAAUUUACAACAAAAAAAAAAAAAAAAAACACAUUCGCGUUAACAACUUUAUUUAAAUCAAACGUAAAGCAUCACUCACUCCGUUUUCGUUAACGGAAUCUAACAAUAUUCAUUUUAUUACUUCGCGGAUUUAUUCCGAAAUAAUGUUAGUACUUUUUUUUAUUAAAUGUAUGAAUAUGUUGUUCAUUGUCGGAAGAAUUAUUUGCACACGCGAAACCAAAUUUUCAAAAAUGUGUCCAAAUAUUUCGGUUCGGUCCACUCGAUGAUCGGCGUUGCUUAAAAAUCUCUUGUGUGGAUACAAUCGUUUCAUAAAUCUAAUGUAAAAUCGUUUCAUUUCAUCUAGGCGCUAGAGUUUUAAAUUUCUUUUAUACACGCAUUUCUUGUCUUCCACCAUUUUUUUCUCUUCUUCGUAAUCAUUCAAUGUUUCAUACCUUAUCGCAAUUCAUCGAAUAGUUCGACCACCGAGAAAAUUUAUCCAUACAGGAGAUGAAGCGUGAAAUAUAUUACCGUGUGCGAAACGAAGCGUAUAGUCGAUAUUAUAUUAUGUAUUGUACAAAACUAGCCGAUAUGUAGUUAAAAAUUGAGGUGUAUAGUUUGAAAAUAGAGUGCAAUUCGAGUUUAA